AUGAUUGAAGGCGGCUUUGACAGAUCUGAGAUCCCGAGAAAGAGAGCGCGCGGAGGUGAUAAGAAGCAUGAGAUUCUUCGUUCGCUCUUCUUUUUGCUUAUUGGCACUUUUUGGGCCUUUCAGCGCCGCGAAAAAUGCGAAGCAAAAACAGAAGGGUGCGCCAACUUUGAGCCCGUGUUCCUGGCUCUAGAAAAGAGACCAGCAGCGCGGCACUUCGAACUCAGCUGUUCCGGGGAAAUCUGCUGUUCCCAGGCGGAAGUGGACCAGCUCGUGGCUGAAAUCAGCGAAGUGAUUUUCGACAAAUUCGAGCAGCAGCGCCUCUCCAUUCAAAAUGCUGUUCAGGGACUCAAGCUCUCGAUUAAAUCGCUUCUUCUUCAAUUUGACGCUGAUAUGGAUAAAUUUUUUGCGACAGCGUACGAGCAAUUAUUCUUCCAAAACAGAGUAAUCUUUGAGUCGUUUCAAGCCGACCUCAAGACAGUUUUCGACUCGUCCAAAAGUCCGAAUCCGAAGCUUCCAUUUCGCCGCCUUUUCGCGCGAAUCCGACUUGAGUACCGCGAGUUUCUCGAUUUUCCCGCCCAAAAUUGCCGCUUCCAAAACUCAUCAAAAAGCGAAAUCAACAAAAAGAGAGAAAAAGCGUUUUCUCCUUUUUUAAACCCUUCAUCGAGCAGCUCAAAACCACCCGCACUGUUUUGUGGAAGCUCGAAAAACUGCUCAGAUUUUGGAAAAUUUGGAAGAAAAGGAAAUCCUUCCAUCUGCCGAGUGUCUCGCGCCAAAACGCCUUUGUCCGAUUUGCACGAUGGCAGAGAAAGUCGAUAG